CGCGCCAGGGCGGCGGGCACAGCCAUGGCGGCGGCGGCCGAGCGGAGCCGCCUCAGCUUCCCCGGCGGCGCCGGGGCCCUGGGGCGGCCCGUGCCUAUGAACCUCUUCGCCACCUGGGAGAUCGACGGCUCCAGCCCCAGCUGCGUGCCCAGGUUGUGCAGCUUGACAUUAAAGAAACUGGUAGUCUUAAAGGAAUUGGAUAAGGAGCUUAUUUCCGGGGUCAUUGCUGUCAAAAUGCAGGGCUCCAAGCGCAUCCUGCGCUCCCACGAGAUCGUGUUGCCCCCGAGUGGACACGUGGAGACGGAGCUGGCUCUGACCUUCUCGCUGCAGUACCCUCACUUCUUGAAGAGAGAAGGCAACAAGCUCCAGAUCAUGCUGCAGCGGCGGAAGCGCUACAAGAACCGAACCAUUUUGGGCUACAAGACCCUGGCUGUGGGAUGCAUCAACAUGGCUGAGGUCAUGCAGCACCCUACAGAAGGUGGCCAGGUUCUGAGCCUUUUCAGCAACAUCAAAGAGGCUCCCGUGAAGGUGGCAGAAAUCUGGAUCUUCUCCUUGUCAAGUCAGCCAAUCGACCAUGAAGACAGCACUAUGCAGGCCAGCCAGAAAAUCAAGUCUACAGACAACUAUUCCGAGGAAGAGUACGAGAGCUUCUCUUCUGAGCAGGAGGCCAGUGAUGAUGCCGUGCAGGGCCAGGAUUUGGAUGAUGAUGAGUACGAGAUGGGGAAGCCCAAGAAGCAGCGGAGAUCGAUAGUAAGAACGACGUCCAUAACCAGGCAACAAAACUUCAAGCAGAAGGUUGUGGCGUUGCUGAAGAGGUUUAAAGUGUCUGAUGAGGUUCUGGAUUCGGAGCAGGACCCAGCAGAGCACGUUCCAGAGGUGGAGGAGGAUUUGGACCUUCUGUAUGACACUCUGGAUAUAGAGAAUCCCAGUGACAGUGGGCCAGAAAUGGAGGAUGAUGACAGUGUCUUGAGCACUCCAAAGCCAAAGUUAAAACCUUACUUUGAAGGACUGUCACACUCCAGCUCUCAGACAGAAAUUGGUAGCAUCCACAGCAUCAGGAGCCAGAGAGAGCCACCAAGUCCUCAGGUAGAAGUGCCUGAAAAGACAAAGAGUCUUGGAACCAAACAUGCAGGCGACAGUGUUUCUGACACCGUCCCUUAUGAGUCUAACCAGCAAGCUGAGGUCCAGGAGGCUGAACUUCCCACUCCAGACGUGUUUGUGGAGAAGCUCCCACCCAGUGGGAAGAUCACAAAGACGGAGUCCCUCAUCAUCCCAUCCACCAGCAGGUCUGAAGGGAAGCAGACGGGGCGCCGGGGCAGAAGCACAUCCCUGAAGGAGCGGCAGCCGGUGAGGCCGCAGAACGAGCGAGCCAACAGCCUGGACAACGAGCGCUCCCCGGACACCCGGCACCACCUGCAGAUCCCCAGGAAAACAGUGUAUGAUCAGCUGAAUCACAUCCUGGUUUCUGACGACCAGCUGCCAGAAAACAUUAUUCUAGUCAAUACAUCUGACUGGCAAGGCCAGUACCUUUCAGAUGUCUUGCAAAAGCACACCUUGCCAGUGGUCUGCACAUGUUCCUCUGCUGAUAUUCAGGCAGCUUUCAGCACAAUUGUCUCCAGGAUACAGAGAUACUGUAACUGCAAUUCACAGCCUCCAAACCCAAUUAAAAUUGCAGUGGCAGGAGCCCAGAAUUACCUCAGUGCUGUGUUGAGGCUCUUUGUAGAGCAGCUGUCUCACAAAACCCCCGACUGGCUCGGCUACAUGAAAUUUCUGAUCAUCCCUCUAGGCUCUCAUCCAGUGGCCAAGUAUCUGGGGUCUGUAGAUUAUAGAUACAACAACUUCUUCCAAGAUCUAGCCUGGAGAGAUCUGUUCAACAAGCUUGAAGCACAGACCACUGUUUCAGAGGCGCCCGACGUCGUGUCCCGGAUAACGCAGUACAUUGCAGGGGCAAACUGUGCUCACCAGCUGCCCAUUGCUGAAGCCAUGCUGACCUACAAACAGAAGAGGAAAAAGAGCUUUCAUUUUGAUUUUACCAUAAGCCCCGACGAAGAAUCUUCACAGAAGUUCAUUCCCUUUGUCGGGGUGGUGAAGGUUGGAAUAGUGGAACAAUCUUCUGCAACAUCAGGUGACUCUGAUGACGCAGCUCCCUCAAGUUCCGUUGUCCUUUCUUCCACCCCGCCUUCCGUGUCUCCUGCUGUGAAAGAAGCCUCCCCCACGCCCCCUUCCUCACCAUCUGUUACAGGCAGCUUCUCCCCAAGCCAGGGCCUCGGUGCUGAGUUGAUGGGCCUGCAGGUGGAUUACUGGAUUGCAGCUCCACCCGUGGACAGGAAGAGAGACCCAGAGAAGAAGGACCCCUCCACCACCAAAAACACACUGAAAUGCACUUUCCGGUCCCUGCAGGUCAGCAGGCUACCUGCCAGCGGCGAGAUCGCCACCACGCCAACCAUGUCCAUGACUGUUGUGACAAAAGAAAAGAACAAGAAAGUGAUGUUUUUGCCCAAGAAAACAAAGGACAAGGAGGUUGAGUCAAAGAGCCAGUGUAUUGAAGGAAUCAGCAGGCUGAUUUGCACAGCGAAACAUCAGCAGAACAUGCUGCGUGUCCUGAUCGAUGGGGUGGAGUGGAACGAUGUCAAGUUCUUUCAGCUGGCAGCACAGUGGUCCUCUCAUGUCAAGCACUUUCCCAUCUGCAUAUUUGGACACUCCAAAUCUAACUUCUAGCUGUGCUCGGCACAGGGACCUUCUGCCCAUCCCGAGGACUGCACACCAGGAGCCAGGACCUGCGUGCCAACUCUGACUCGCGUCGCUCUGCCCUCUCCUGCAGAAUUAAUUACAGAUGUGCUUGGAUUACUUUUGAAUUACUUUUUUCUAUUAACUCUUAAGUUUACUACAGAGGAAGGAAACCCCUUUAAACAAAGGCAAAAAAAAAAA